UCUUUUCUCCAAGUAGUAUAACAUAGCCAUCACUAAUGACGGAUGAUGCUCUCCUGCGGGAGCGAGCUGAUCGCCGCCACGCGUUAGCCAGAAUCGAGAAUUUGAUCAAAGACACUCCGAAUAUGCAUGUUGACUGACCUGGAGUCGGUUGGCAUCUGCCAUCUGACCUUAUGUCUUGAAGAGGACAAUACCCAGGACCAUCCGCGCUUCUUUCAGCCAUACCAAAAGGAACUGCCUCUCCCCGAGAAAGAAGAGGAGUUGCUGGAAUUUGAGCCCGACCCGGAUCGCAUCAUGUGGGAGACUCGGGCUAUGGAGCUCUUCCUCACUAAGCAAUUCUACAAGUGCGGGAGAUACGCAGCGCCAAAGUACCCAUAUAACCCUCCGCCUUCUGGUGGAUAUCGAGAGAUUGGGGAUUACAAGCUCGGCCAACUGCUGGAAGCUGCAGGAUUUAACUGGUAUGCCGUAUCAGUUACCGACUAUUGGACGGGCAAUUAUCCACACUUCAAAGUCAUGCUAGAAAGUGACGCAGUUGGGGAUGACCGGUUGCUUCGCGGGGAGAUCAUGACCAUCACCGAUCUCAUGGCUGUGAGGCUGAGAACAAAGUCGCUGCACCCGCAUAUUGUUGCCCCAAUCCUGGUGGUGUCUCUCAUGGGUCCCCGCCAUGCCCGCGUGCUCGAAGCGGAAUUCGAUGGAAAGACUCUGAACAUUCGCGCUUCUAAGCUCUACGACUUCACGAAAAAGAACACGGAUGCUGCGCAAUUGCUAACCCGGUAUUGGCUGGGUGGUGCUUGUGGAUAGACUGAGAUAGAACUGCCCUAGUUUCUGGUUGUGGAGUUCAGUGCAACAUUUGGAGUCGGACCUCCUCGACUUUCUAUGGCAUGGUGGCGUCGCUAUUGUUCCUUCCUUCUUUCUUUCUUAGUGGCUUUGACGAGCGUCGCUCCAACCACGACAGCUACAAUCUGCCCGGCCAGCACAUGGGCUUGGAUACUGAUCUAGCUGAAGCAAAGGCAGCAUCAGAGUCGCAACAGCUCCUCCAUCAGCAGAAA